AUGGCUUCCAUGUCAGCUGGUUCUCCAGAGAUUUCUCCAGAGAUUUCUCCAGAUGGUUCUCCACACAUUUCUUCAGAUGGUUCUCCAGAUUCCCUCUCAUCUACAGACCAGAAGAUUUUAACAUACAUUUCUCUGAUUGGCUGCAGUCUUUCUCUUUUUGCCCUGGUCAUCACCGUUUUGCUCUUUAUCACUAAUAGAAAACUCAGAGAAGAUGUUUCUAUGAAGGUCCACAUCAACCUUGUAAUUGCCCUGAUUCUCCUCAACCUGCACUUCCUGCUCAGUCAGAUAGUGGCAGCAGGGUCCUCCACUGGACUUUGUCUUUAUAUGGCUCUUGUCCUUCACUACGCCCUGCUGGCCACUUUCAGCUGGAUGGGCUUGGAGGGGUUCAACCUCUACCUUCUUGUUGUGAAAGUCUUCGACAUCUAUGUCAGCAGAUACCUGCUCAAACUCAGUGUGGUGGGAUGGGGUGUCCCUGCAGUCAUUGUGUCAGUGGUGGCGAUCAUAAACAGAGGGUUUUAUGGCCAGGUCUCUGACUCCGAUGGAACUGCAAUAUGCUAUAUCACCAAUAAAACGGUGAAGCUAGUGACUACAGUGGGACUGUUCUUCAUGGUGUUCUUCUUUAAUGUGAUCGUGUUUGUGGUGACAGUCAAACGUGUUUUCAGUGUUGGGCAUCACAGCGAGAUUGACAGUAAGAGAGUUGGGCAACAUAUUUGUUGCCUGCUGGGAGUCGGUGCUUUGCUUGGCAUUACCUGGGGCCUGGUCUUCUUCUCAUUUGGACACCUGACCACUCCUGGCUUCUACCUUUUCUCCAUCCUGAACUCACUGCAAGGUGUCUUCAUCUUCCUGUGGUUUGUGAUGUCACUGAGAAAGGCUAAAAGCUCAGCUCCUAAGACGAGCAGUGACACAAGUCAAAGUUGAUGCAGGAAAGGAUCCAGAAUGACCGAAAGAGCAAGACUACGUCAAAUAUAUCUUUGCAUCAACUCCAGAGGUCAGAGGAAGAACUACAGGAAAUGGUCCUUAUUGUUUUUCUCCAUGUCCACUUCUCUGCACUGCACACAGAUCUGAUCUUGCUUUUAAAUGCA